AUGGCCGCAGCCGUCAGCCACUUCUAUCCCUUCACCGAAGGCCAAUUCGCGGAACGCAGCGCACCAGCGACCUACCUGCCUGUCGCAGGAGAAUACCCCCAUCUACAGGCAAUGCACUGGGAAGCACCAGAUCAAGGACCGUGGUUCACACCUCGAGCAAGUGAAGAAGCACGGACUAGUACAUCUCUCCCACUCACGGCUGGAUCCGAGGCGGCACCAGCCUCGCCGAUCAUGGCCCCCCCUUGCAGUGGGGAGCAGCUGUCACCUCGGCCAUCCUCAGAAGCUGCGGCAGAGACACAAGCGAGGCAGGCAUGCUACGAGUUUUCGCGCGGAGACGAGGACCUGGAAAUCAUGUAUGAGCUCAACAGCGACAUGGGCAUCACGUUACGGCAUCCCGAGAGCGAUGCCGUGGCCAUGCCUCCUCCCCCGAGUGGUGCAGGGAGGAGAGGGCUGAAGCGGCGGGCAGAAGAAGCUCCGGAAGGCGGACUGGUGGAUUCGAGUAUGAGCGUGCCGUCUGGCGGCUCUGAUUGGGCGCUGACGGGGCUGGACAUGGGCCAGCCACCGUUGUUUUGGCAAGGGGGCGAUGGUGUGAGUCCUUGCAGCGAUGUGAGUGGUGGAGACGCGGUUCAGACCCUGGGGCUUCUCGGGGCUCGGUUACACAAGGAUGCCAGGCGACAGCUGCAGUUGACGAAAUCGUGA